AUGUCGAGCAACUCCUCUGUGUAUACUGGACUGUGGACGAACCAUUCAAAAGGUGCCAUUCUGGGAAAGACUCUAACUGUAUCACCACGAAGCGGACUCAUUCUAGUUGCUGUCCUCGCUCUUUUCGUUUCACUGGCCGGGAGUCAGUCUUGGGGAAUCAUACGCUUCCUGGCGCACCAAUUCAGGGUAAAGCCUUGGCCUCAGCAUGCCAUAUUUCUUCAACAACAAGCGGUUUUGCGUAAUACCAGCGCGGCUUCGGCUGGAAUCUGGCAGUUUGGGCUGAUUGGUUGGGCUUGGCGAUCACAAGGCGUGAAGAGUUUCCGCAAGUCAUUCAGCCUUCUGCUCCUAGGCGUUUCACACUUGGUCUUGUUUACAACCGCCGGCAUCCUGUCCUCCAGUCUAGCCAAGGUCAAUAACGAAAUUCUGGUCCGAAGUUCCUAUUGUGGGACUUGGAUACCAAAUAAUGAUGACACAAGUCCUGAGGUUCUUGCCGAGCGGACAGAUUGGUUCGCACACCGCAGAGAAAAUGCAGACUUGAGUAAAGGUUAUGUCCGAGACUGCCUCAAUGGAUAUGAAUCCUCUCCACAGUGUAACAUGUUCAAGCGUCGGAUACCAUUCCAGAUCCAGGUUAAUGCGUCUUGCCCCUUUUCUCCAGAAAUGUGUCUGGCUCCUACAAAUGGAUCUCUACUACUCGAUACUGGUUUCUUGCACUCUCGUGAUGAUUUUGGUAUCAAUAGCAAAUCAUCAGACACGAUUCUUUACAGAAAGAUCAUGUCUUGUUCGCCAGUGGUCACUGAAGGGUAUACGACAAGUGGAAGCUCCACGUUCGAUGGUCGCAGUUAUAAUUAUACGGCUACAUUCUACGGACCGAACCGGCCUUUGACAUCGUAUCCGGCAUUUCCAUCAUGGGGGGGUAUCGCAGCGAUUCCUGAGUUAGUGUCAUCGAAUGGGAGCGUUGUGUUAAUCUUCGCUGCUUCCACUGGCCAUUUCCUGAAAGCAAGUGAUGAUUUAUGGCUUUCGGCCCAUAGGCCUGGAAUGCAAGAGCUGAUUAGUGACGCCGGAAUUUUGAGGAAUGAGUCGUUUUAUGGCAUAGACAAGCCUAUAUCGGUGUUGGGAUGUACCGAGCAGCACCAAUUUUGCAAUCUCAAUCGUCCAGAAAAUACAACGACCCGUUGCACGCCUCAAGCAGACCUCAUGACAAUAGACUCUCUAAACAUAUCGGAAUUUCUAGACACGCAGCAUCAAUACGAAGUUACAAACAUGAUUUCAGAGGCAGUAGGAAGAGCAGAACUCGGCUUUGUAGUCGGUGACCUGAGUCCUCCUUUGCUAGCGAUGGAAUAUUUGAUGAAGCAAAGCUCAGGCCCAAUUGCAACUAAUCAAUGGGUACUGGAAGCCACGAAUUGGUUCUCUACUGGAAUCAACGUCAUGCAGCGCAGUUUAGCUGAAGUUGCGACCGGGCCAUCAGGGAGAUACGCGAAGUACACUGCCAACACCGCUGCAAACGACACUGAGCUACAGAGGUACUGUGAUAAUCUCAUCCUGAGAGACAAUGGGUACACAUCGUUCAGUGUUCUGGCCAUAGGACUUGUUCUCGGCCUGGGUGGCUUCAUCAUCGUCUCUAGUCUCUUCUUCGAGGCAAUAAUUGGAUGGGCUCAAAUGCGCUGGAAGAGAGGACUUCGUCAUAAAGUAUAUUGGAAUCUUGACUCUGCACUUCAGCUCCAAAGAAUGGCUUUUGAGGAAGCCGGUCUCGGAACCUGGGACAAAUGUACAGAGGACGUUCCAGUGGUCACGAAUGGAGAGAAAAGUCGGGUGGCGUCAGAAUGGGAUGAAUGGCAUCCGACUAUUGUGGGGAAGGAGCCUCUGGUGGAGCUCCAUAUCCACCCGGAAGCAGUCAAGCCUGAGGAAGCUGUUGCAUUGGAAUCACCGACCUCAGAAGGGUUGCAAGCUGAGCUGUCUCGAGAUGAGGGUAUAAGUUCCUCCUUCGAGUCUGAGAGUCAAAUUGGACUUUGAUUACUAGCAACCUCUUUUAAGAUGUGGAGGUGGAGGGGCUCCGAGUGCCGUGUAGGUAUUGACGAUAGUCGUGGUUGAUGAUUACGGUUUAGGUGACUUCGGAUUUGUGGCGAGAAUUUUGAAGGGGUAGAUGGUGAAGAUAGAACGAGAUCUUUGGCUCGUUGUUUCGAAGGUUCACCUUACGAGCGGAUACAUAGCUGCUCCAAUAUCUUUUAGCUCUAAGGUCAAAGGAGCUGUAGAAAGACUGGACCCUGUUCCGAGUGAGUUAGGGAGAUUUCCUCGGAUGAAUUAUUCAGUACGAGGACACAAGACCGUCGCACAAUAGUCUACAGCUUUGCUCGAU